CUUUUAAGGUGACUUCCUUCGAAGGCAACUGGAUUGCUUGGCCAGGAGAGCCUUACCACGAGAAGAGGACAACAGUAUGAUUGUCUUUGGCCUUCCCAUUUGGAAAAGGAAUAUUUUCUACUGAGAUCUAGGAAAGUGGGACGCGUUGACUCACCACAAUGAACUUUAUAAAGAACAACAGCCAAGCCCUUAUUCAAAGGAUGGGCAUAACAGUUACCAAGCAAAUCUGUGAUGCCCUCUUUGCGUUGAACGUUCUCAACAAUGAAGAAGCUGCCAUCAUUUACUGUGAGCCCGUGGAGCAGGAAGCCGCCCGAAAGAUCAUCCAUAUGAUUUUGCAGAAGGGCUCAGCGGCCUGCAGCCUCUUUCUUGAGAGUCUUGAAAACUGGGACUAUUUUGUGUAUCAGGACUUAACUGGACAAAAUCGUUCUUACCGGGUAACAGAAGAAGACUUGAAUGUUUUGGUCCAGAAUUUAAAGGACUUAUAUAACAGCCCUGCUUUUUUGAACUUCUUCCCCCUGGGUGAAGAUAUCGACAUAAUUUUUAAUCUGGAGAAAACCUUCACAGAACCUAUCUUGUGGAGGAAGGACCAUCGUCAUCACCGUGUGGAGCAGCUGACUCUGGGCAGCCUGCUGGAGGCUCUGAAGAGCCCCUGCCUAAUUGAAGGGGAGUCUGGCAAAGGGAAGUCAACCCUGCUGCAGAGAAUUGCCAUGCUCUGGGCCUCUGGGGACUGUGGGGCUCUGAAGGGGUUCAAAUUGGUCUUCUUCAUCCGCCUGAGCAGCGCCAGGGGGGGACUGUUUGAAACAGUGUGCGAUCAGCUCCUGAACAUACCUGACUCCAUCAGCAAGCCAACCUUCAAGGCUCUGCUGUUGAGGCUACACAAGGAGGUCCUCUUUCUUUUCGAUGGUUACAAUGAAUUCCAUCCCCAGAACUGCCCGGAAAUCGAAACCCUGAUAAAGGAAAACCAUCGCUUCAAGAACAUGGUCAUUGUCACCACCACCACGGAGUGCCUGAGACAUAUCAGACACGUGGGCGCCCUGACUGCGGAGGUGGGAGAUAUGACCGAAGACAGUGCCCAACAUCUCAUCCAGGAAGUGCUGGUACAUGAUCUGGCUGAAAGGCUGUUGACCCAGAUCCAGGAGUCCAGGUGCUUGAAAAAUCUGAUGAAGACCCCUCUCUUCGUGGUGAUCACUUGUGCAAUUCAGAUGGGCAGACAGGAAUUCCAAGCUCACACCCAAACCAUGCUGUUCCGAACCUUCUACGACCUCCUGAUACAGAAGAACAGGCACAGACACAGAGGUGGGGCUUCACGCGAUUUUGCCAGGAGCAUAGACUACUGUGGCGAUCUGGCCCUGGAAGGCGUGUUCGCCCACAAGUUUGAUUUUGAACCGGAGCCUGAGUCCAGCAAGAAUGAGGACGUCCUGGUGACAUUGGGACUCCUCUGUAAGUACACAGCUCAGAUGCUGAAGCCCAAGUAUAAAUUCUUUCAUAAAUCAUUUCAGGAGUACACGGCAGGUCGGAGACUCAGCAGUUUGCUGACGUCCAGAGAGCCAGAGGAGGUGAGCAAGGGGGACAGCUACUUAAAGAAAAUGGUUUCCAUCUCUGACAUCACAUCCCUGUAUGGCAAUCUGCUCCUCUACACGUGUGGGUCGUCCACAGAAGCAACCAGGGCAGUCAUGAGGCACCUUGCAAUGGUCUAUCAGCACGGCAGCCUACAAGGACUUUCUGUCACCAAGAGGCCUCUCUGGAGGCAGGAAUCAAUCCAGAGCCUGAGAAAUACCACUGAGCAAGAUGUUCUGAAAGCCAUCAAUGUAAAUUCCUUUGUAGAGUGUGGCAUCAAUUUAUUCUUGGAGAGUAUAUCUAAAUCGGACCUGAGUAAAGAAUUUGAAGCUUUCUUUCAAGGUAAAAGUUUAUACAUCAGCUCGGAGAACAUCCCUGACUACUUAUUUGACUUCUUUAAAUACUUGCCUAAUUGCGCAAGUGCCUUGGACUUCGUGAAGUUGGAUUUCUAUGGAAGAGCUACAGUGUCACAGGACAUGGCAGAAGAGAAUGUCCCUGGAGUUCACACGGAAGGGCCCUCAGAAACUUACAUCCCCCCUAGGGCUGUGUCUUUGUUCUUCAACUGGAAGCAGGAAUUCAAGACUCUAGAGGUCACACUCCGAGAUAUUAGCAAGUUGAAUAAACAAGAUAUCAAAUAUCUGGGGAAGAUAUUCAGCUCUGCCACCAACCUCCGGCUGUAUGUCAAGAGAUGUGCAGCCGUGGCUGGAAGGCUCAGCUCAGUCCUCAGAACCUGCAAGAACGUGCAUUCCCUCAUGGUGGAAGCUAGUCCCCUCACCACGGAUGACGAACAGUACAUCACGUCUAUGACAGACCUCCAGAACUUAAGUAUUCACUGCUUGCACACUGAACGGCUGCCAGGUGGUCUGGUUGACAGCUUGGGUAAUCUGAAGAACCUCGAGAAGCUCAUACUGGCUGACAUUAGGAUGAACGAGGAAGAUGCUAAAAGCCUAGCGGAAGGCCUGCGAAACCUGAAGAAGAUGCGUUUACUCCAUUUGACUCACUUGUCUGACAUUGGGGAGGGAAUGGCGUACAUAGUCAAGGCUCUCUCGGAAGAACCCUGUGAUCUCCAAGAGAUGAAGUUGGUGGCCUGCUGUCUGACUGCAAACUCUGUGAAAGUUCUAGGACAGAAUCUUCACAAUUUGAUCAAGAUGAGCAUUCUUGAUCUAUCAGAAAAUUAUUUGGAAAAGGACGGAAAUGAAGCUCUGCAGGAACUGAUCGGCAGGCUUGGCGCUCUGGAACAGCUCACUACAUUGAUGCUGCCGUGGUGCCAGGAUGUGCACACCAGCCUGUCCAAGCUGCUGAAGCAAUUGGAGAGGGCCCCCAGGCUUGCCAAACUUGGAUUGAAAAACUGGAGACUCGGAGAUGAAGAGAUUAAAAGUUUAGGUGAGUUUCUGGAGAUGAAUCCUCUGAGAGACUUGCAGCAGCUGGAUUUAGCGGGGCACCGUGUGAGCAGUGAUGGAUGGCUUUACUUCAUGAAUGCGUUUGAGAGUCUGAAGCAGUUAGUCUUUUUUGACUUUAGCACUGAAGAGUUCUUACCAGACGCGGCACUGGUGAGGAAACUUAGUCAAGUGUUAUCUAAGUUAACUCUUCUGCAAGAGGUAAGGCUCACGGGCUGGGAGUUUGAUGACUAUGAUAUUCGCGCUAUUAAAGGCACCUUUAAACUAGUGACCGCUUAAUGCAUCCAUGCCACCAAAUACUCCAGGACUCCCUCACUUCCAGUGAAUCGUUAAAAACCACACAGAAGCGGGGCCACAGAGCUGGCUCAGAGGUCAAGAGCAGUGGCUGCUCUUCCAGAGGACCUGGGUUUGAUUCGCACCACCUACAAGGUGGCUCACAACCAUCUGUAACUCCAGUUCCAGGAGAUCCAACAUUUUCUGAUCUCUAUGGGUACCAUGCAAGCAAAACACUCAUAUACAUUAAAUAAAAUUUAAAAAUACUUUUAAAAAAAUCUUGAAGAAGGAAGUCAAAGAAGAAAAAGAAGAAGAAGAGACUUGAGAAAUGAGUCUGGUCUCCUCUCUCCAGACACAGGACAAUCUCUGUGCCCUUCAGCUGUGUUUGUGUUAGUUGACCCCAAGAAUAUUGGAUCAAAAAUCCUUGAGAUACCCUGUUCAUCCGUCCUUAGUACAGUACCUGGCCUAUAGACUUAACAAGUACUUGUUAAGUAUGUGACAACUAAAUUACCAAGAAAUAAAAUUGUCUAGAGAACAGACUUCAUAUAUACU